AUGCAGUAUGUAAGACUGUCGUUAAAAGUUAAUAACAGUGUUGGGAUAUUUACAGCCCUAUAUGUAUUGCUGGGUGGCAGCGUCAUUCAGACCAUCGCUGCUGUAUUCCUGCUGUAUGGUGUUUACAUGAGAAAGAGUUACUACAUACUUGAGUAUGUGAAACUUGAAACCCUUCUCCACAUUGCGUCGCUUAUUGAGUUCUUCCUCUACCUCGUUUUGGAGCACUCCACGUUUUCAAGCCAAGACAUCUACAUCUUCUUGGGGUUCCUCGCUUUGAACUAUGGUAACUUUGUUUGCUUGAAAUAUAUCUCUGAAUACUUCAUAGUCUUUGGAUACGAGUGUCGAAAAAAGUGGAU